AUGAUCUACGUACGUUAUCCAUUUGAUCCACCUAACGCUGUUUCAUUAGUAAAACCAGAAGAGAUACACCUACAAACGACGAUGGCAGAUACUGAUGAAGAAAGAGACGCUCAAUCGCGUUUUUCUAAGAAUAAAAAACUAGCCGCUAGCCAUUCUGGUGCUUCUGUUAGGCCCGUAACACGAAAACCAACUGAGCAUCUUCUUGAACUGUUGCGUGAUAAAUGGGAAUUGCCUCCGCCUGAAUUAAUCAUCUCAGUUACAGGCAGCGCCAAGAUCUUCAAUUUGGCAGCAAGAAGUCGUGUCGCUCUUCAAAAGGGUCUUGUCUCGGCUGCUGUCACUACUGGUAAAAAUCAAGAUUUGUUUUCUAUGUAUCUCUAUCUUUGA